AUGCUUCGUAUCCUCGUCAGUCGGUUUCCACCCUGCCGCCCCUCCUUUCCACUUCAAGAUUCUUCCCUCACUAUCUUCCUCUCUCCUCACACCUUUUUACUUUUCAGCCGUCCGCUCAAAUGGGCUGGGAUUCGAUCAGUGCCAUCGUGGCCCGUCUGCUGGCUGCAUAUCCAGUCUACUCGAUCGUUUGUUCGUUUUUCUUCUCAUUUCAUCACAUAACUAAUUAGUUAUGCUUCUUUUUCUCUUUCUUUCUCCUAUCUCAACUCCUUUGUUUUCAGUGAGCAUUCUCUCAAUUGUCGCUCUCAGUGCAGGCCUCAUCAACAUCCGUCUGGAGCAGGACAUCCGAAAGUCGUUCUCCCCGGAGAAUUCAGAUGCCGGAUAGUGAGUGACGAAAUGCGACCUUGACGUCACCUGAGAACCUGUUCUCGAGUGUUUUUCUCUGUUUUGUGCUUAGCUUCCUGCGUGUAGACUACAUUUCAGUGAGACGAGGGUGUGGCUCGAGUAUUACGGACUGAAGCAGUAUCCGGAAAGGGCGUUCUGCAUAUUCACAUCCAAAGAUAACGAUUCCAGUAUUCCGGGGGAGGCGGCGUUGAGAGACGUGCGUUUGCGAGUGUUUACUUUGAAUUUGAAUUAAACUGUACACAGUUUGUAGAUUUACACAGUCGACAGACGACUUUCGAAUGCGGUUGGACUGAAGGACGGAGACGGUCGGAGGAAUUGCGACCCUCUGUGCGACCUCAACAAUCCAUUCCAUCUUCUUGUGGUUUGUAACAGUUUUACCCAAUAUGACAGUCAAAAAGAUGUUUCCAGAAUCAGACCCGGGAGAAUAACGGAAGUACGAAUGUAUUUGCUUACCCGGACAUGCAGUACAAAGGAUUGGACAUCUUUCUCGGACUCCAUUUCAGUAAUGUCGACUUCAGUGAGUUGAAUUCGUUUUCUCUUGGCGGAUGCUGACUAUUCAGAACCUCCAACGAACAGAAUCAGUUCCCGAUCUCUCGUUCUCUGGUACUUCUCUCGAUCUGACACUCCGGAAGGAAAAAUGGCGUUCAAGGAUGCCAUUGAUGAACUUUUCGAACUCUCAAAGAACAGUUCCGCAUUCGAAGCGGUGCAGUUCACAGUGUUUAGUGACCUAGUUGCCAAUCGGGAAAUGAUCAGAGGAGCCAUCGAAGCGACCACCCUCAUGACUAUCGGCUUCUUCCUCCUCCUCACUCAGGUCAUAAUUGUGAUCGUCCGAUUGGCGUCCGUCAAGAUGGCGUUCUACUUGGUUGCCACGUCAUUGAUCACUCCAGUGGCUGCGACUAUCGCUUCAUUCGGAGCCAUCUGCUGGUCGGGAAUUCAGAUGGUAUUAGUAGAGAAAAGAUGAUAUUCAGGAUGGGAUUCCCUUCGUUCUCCAUCCAAUGCGUCACUCCGUUCUUGGUUCUCGGAAUAGGAGUCGACGACGCUUUCAUUCUCCUUCACCGUUGGAAGCAUCACAUUGCAAUCACUGACACGUGAGCUCCCCCGUCCCCAUCCUGAACUGAUCUUCUUUUUUAGACACCGACGUCUUGAGCAGGUGAUUGUGGAUGUCGGACCGUCCAUCACCAUCACUUCGCUCACAAACAUCAUCGCAUUCGGAAUCGGAUUCUUCACUCCCACCCCACAGGUUCUACUUAUCCUCGAUUCCUUGAAGUUUAUUCCAUUUCUUCUAGAUGUCUCUCUUCUGUCUUACGGCUUCUUUGGCUCUUUUGCUGGAUUACAUCUUCACCUACACCAUCCUCGCUCCGAUCGUUUUCCUCUGCAACGAUGCUUCCUAUCAGCCCGUUCCAAAGGUCGAAACCAUUCCGAAAGCAGACACGUGGCUGGCCAAGUACUCCAAUUUUGUGUGUUCUCUAAAGGGAAGACUUGUUUGCCUUUUUACCUUGAUCGUGAUGUACGGUCUGACUACUUACGGAGUCUUGACAAUGCGAACCACUUUCGAGCCGGCGAAGGCGUUCCCAUCCAACUCGAAACUGGUGGAUUCUCUGCAAAAUAUCAAGUGAGAAAUCAACGUGUUCAUUUUGUAGCAUUCACCAUUAUUCUAGACCCGUCUUCAACACCUAUUUCCCGAUUACUGUCAUUGUGAACAGGCCACCAAACAUCGAAAAUCAGACUGAGGUAUGCAGUAAUUAGUCCUUGACUCGUCGACAAAUCUGCCUUCAGUACGACAGUUUUCUCAAUCUGGUGCACAAACUCGAAUCAGUUCCCGGCAUCCGAGGCGAGAAUCGCAGUCUGAUCUUCCUUCCGCAGUACGAGAAAUAUGACCGAGUCGUCAGCAAUCCACUUUCGAUUCUGUUCGGGGAUAAGUAUGAACCGUCGUACGAUAACCUGCCGAAAUGGCUGAACACCAUCGGGAAUCCGCCAGUCGUCAAAUACAAGAUAACGGAGAACAACAAGUGAGAAAAAAGAAGCGAACGGAAAAGAAUGAAUGAAAGUGUUUCAGAACGGAAGUGACCGCAUUCCGACUGACUCUUCUUGGCAAGGGAAUGUCCGAAUGGGCGGAAAGAGCGAGAGCGAUGCAGCAAAUUCGGACGACUCUCCAGUCGGAGAAGCAGUUCAACGCGACGCUGUUCGACUGCGACUCGGCCAUCCUCAGCAUCAUCCUCACUGUUGGCACCGAUCUCAUCGGAUCCAUCGCCGUCACCGUCGUCUGCAUGGCCAUCGUCUGCUUCGUAUUCAUUGCCAACUUCAACGCUGUUGCUGUCAUCACCUCGAUUAUCGCGUCCAUUUGCUUCAGUUUGUCCUUUUCAGCUUCUUUCUCUCCUUAUUCGUGCUCUCUUUCAGUUCUGGUCGGCGGUCUCUCUUUGUGGGGAGCUGAUCUGGAUCCAGUCAUUCAAGUUGACGUGCUUCUGGCCACCGGAUUCUCCGUCGACUACACCGCUCACGUGGCCUACAACUACUUCCGCGCUCGUGGAACUCCCCAAGAGCGGGUCUACAGCAGUCUGGCUGAGAUGGCGAUGCCCAUGUUCGAGGCGGGACUCUCGACGUUCCUUUGCAUGCUCCCUCUGAUCUUCGUGCCUACCUACGCCAUCGUUUGCUUUGCCAAAACAGUCUUUCUGGUCGUGGCAAUCGGUAAGAAUGCGUGGGUGUUUCGGGAAUGCAACUGAUCCUUCGCAGGUCUCCUCCACGGUCUCUUCAUUCUUCCCGUCGUCCUCGCACUGUUCUCGAAGGACGCGAUCGAGGAGAAGAAUGCUCCCGCCGCUCUGAACUCUUCUGCUGAUCAGCCUCUCGUCGAGAAAACCUCCAACACCGUCUGA